AUGGGAAUUGGAUUCACCAAACCUGAAUUAAAUAUUGGAACUGGAUUCACCAAACCCGAAUUAAAUAUGGGAACUGGAUUCACCAAAUCUGAAUUAAAUAAGGGAAUUGUAUUCACCAAAACUGAAUUAAAUAAGGGAAUUGGAUUCACCAAACCUGAAUUAAAUAUGGGAAUUGGAUUCACCAAACCUGAAUUAAAUAUGGGAAUUGGAUUCACCAAACCUGAAUUAAAUAUGGGAAUUGGAUUCACCAAACCUGAAUUAAAUAUGGGAAUUGGAUUCACCAAACCUGAAUUAAAUAAGGGAAUUGGAUUCACCAAACCUGAAUUAAAUAAGGGAAUUGGAUUCACCAAACCUGAAUUAAAUAUGGGAAUUGGAUUCACCAAACCUGAAUUAAAUAUGAGAACUGGAUUCACCAAAUCCGAAUUAAAUAUGGGAAUUGGAUUCAUCAAACCUGAAUUAAAAUAUGGAAGUUGGAUUCACAAAACCCUCGGAAAUUAA